AUAAAUAAGCUGCGGUCGCCUCCGCCGCGAGCCCUCGCGCUCCAUCCGCCGCUACUUCCCUCGCUCGAGACCUAGGGUUUCGAGCCCCUUUUGGGAGGUGGGAGAGAGAGAGAGAUUUGAAGAGGCGCCAUCAUGCUGGUCUACCAGGAUCUGCUCACCGGCGAUGAGCUCCUCUCGGACUCGUUCCCAUACAAGGAGAUCGAGAACGGCGUGCUCUGGGAAGUCGAGGGCAAGUGGGUCGUCCAAGGGGCCGUUGAUGUGGACAUUGGUGCCAACCCUUCUGCUGAGGGUGGCGAAGACGAGGGUGUUGAUGACCAGGCUGUGAAGGUUGUUGACAUUGUCGACACCUUCCGUCUUCAGGAGCAACCUGCUUUUGACAAGAAGCAGUUUGUUACCUUCAUGAAGCGCUACAUCAAGACCCUCACUCCCAAGCUGGAGGGGGAGCAGCAGGAGAUUUUCAAGAAGAACAUUGAGUCUGCCACCAAGUUCCUUCUUGGGAAGCUGAAGGACCUUCAGUUCUUUGUUGGUGAGAGCAUGCAUGAUGAUGGAAGCUUGGUGUUCGCCUACUACAAGGAUGGAGCCACCGACCCGACGUUCCUGUACUUCGCGCACGGGCUGAAGGAGGUCAAGUGCUAGGCGGUGUUACCUACGUAGUCCCUAUUUUUUGUUCUGACCACUGGCUGUCUGCUGAUUCUAGCGUGGUCUCUAGUGUCGGAGUCGGUUACUAUCUGUUUGCCUGUUCUGGAUGUUGAGAUGAGCCUUUUGAAAACUAUCUGAUGAUUGAAUUAUAAUGCCUGAACUGUGGUAUUUGCUUUGUGAUGGGCAAAGAUAUAUGAAUCGUGAAACUGUUGUCGUA